AUGGGUAACUACUCACUACACAUGAAUCUCGAUCGAGUUGAAGCUUGGCCGGUCGAGUUGAGGAACUCGACCGGUUGGUCGAGUAGACGGUCGAGCUGGUCUUCAAGAUGGCUUCUCCCUUCUUCCUUUGCGUAUCCAGUUGAGCUGCUUCCAUGUGCCAAGUCCCUCCAUGCUCCUUGUCCCAUAUGCUCCAGAAUGCUCCAAAAGACCUAUUUCAAAGGACCAAACAUGCAUAUAGUAUGCUCAAGCAGUUACACUAGAAGUGGGCGGCAAUUUCCAAGCAGGAGUAGCCCACCCCAAAUCGCUGUGGACAUCGAUGACGAGGAAGGGGAGGAUUUGGUCGAGUAUGCUGACAUUCCGGCACCGAACUCGAUCGAGCUGGAACAAAACCCUGAACCAGAGCUCGAUCGAGCUGAAGAAACCGAGACUCAGAAGACAAACCAGAGCUCGAUCGAGCCGAGAAGAGAACGGACAAAGCAAGCUCCAGCCAACCAGCUAAACCUGUUGCAAGAAGAAAGACACUCCAUCAGGACCACCACCAUACAAACCCCCUCUACCCUUUCCAGGAAGUUGCCUUUCAUCGACGCCUUGAUGCUCAUUCCACCUUAUCAGAAAUUCCUGAAGGAUGCUGUUCAGCAAAGAACCAGGGAAGCGCAAGGAAUGGUAGUGUUGACUCGUGAGUGCAGUGCAAUCAUUCAGCGGAAGGUCAUCUCCGACAAAAAGGAAGAUCCGGGGAGUUUCACUUUGCCCUGCAUGUUGGGACCCUAUCUUUCAAAAACAGCCUCUGCGACCUAG